CAAUCACAACAGAGGCUCUUGGCCUAAUCCCAGAAGGUUUGGUGAAUCUCCCGUCGCUGACCUUAAUAACAACAGCAACUUGAUAAAACUACUGUUAUAUUCCGAAUCUGGAAGUGCUGGAUCAGCCAAGUUGUAGUGGAUAUAUGGGCAUCCGGGUAGCUGCAAGCAACAGCCUGAUGGAGUAAGUUAUCACCAUGCAAGCAUAGAGAUACCUCUACAAUUAUCAAGGCCAUUGAGAACACUUGAAGGGGCAGCGGGCGAUAAUUCCAUCCAGCAUCACAGAGAUCCAGUGCUUCCACACCAGAAAGUCACCAACAACAGUACUUUAUGGGCUUGGAGUAAAGUGCUCCUGGUUAAUUAUCGUGGACUCUUCAACUGCAUAAAUAUCAGUUUUUCCACUGCUUCUUUUGCAGUCUUUAAAGCUGUAAUUGAGUACAAUUUAGUAAAGCUACCAGUGCUCUAAAAAUUUCAAUAUUUUUCCAAAGUAAUCUUUUGGAAAAAUCUGUAGGAAAAAAAGAUUAUUCAUGUGAACAUAAUUGAUUUUAUGUAUUAUUAGUGAUCAAAACACUGAAAAAUCUUUUCUGAUUUGACAAAAUAUUACAAAUAAAUUACUUAUAAAAGAUAUAACAAGUUAGUAAGAUUAAAAUUUUUCUAAGAAAAAGUCAUAUCUUUAUUAGAAGGAUUUUUUUAAUAUAGAUUGUAGUAAAAUUUAAAAAAUACAUACAAUAUAGGAGCCAUAUCAGUGUUAAGUGUUUCUUAUGAGACUUACAUAAAGUCAUAUCUAGUGCAGCAUGAGAUUUCAUACAGGUGAGAAAUCAUUUCAGUGUUCAGUUUGUAUGAAAAACUUUCAUAGUAGUUCAAAUCUAGGAAAACAUAUGAGAAUUCAUACAGGUGAGAAACCAUAUCAGUGUUCAGAGUGUCUAAAGUGUUUUUCACAAAAGGCACAUCUAAUACAGCAUAUGAGAGUUCAUACAGGAGAAAAACCAUUUCAGUGUUUAGAGUGUCUAAAAGAUUUUUCAGAUAAAUCAAAUCUAGUGAUCCAUACUAGAAUUCACACAGGGGAGAAACCUUUUCAAUGUUCAGUGUGUAUAAAAUGCUUUUCACAAAAGUCGUAUCUUAUUAAACAUAUGAGAGUUCAUACAGGAGAGAAACCAUUUCAGUGCCUAGAGUGUCAAAAAAACUUUUCAGCUAAAUCAACUUUAGUAAAACACAUGACGGCUCAUAAGGGAGAAAAACCAUACCAGUGCUCAGAGUGUCUAAAAGACUUUUCUCGAAAAGCAACUUUAAUUGAACAUAUGAGAUUACAUACAGGAGAGAAACCUUAUCAGUGUUCAGUGUGUUCUAAAGGUUUUGCACGGAAACAAGCCUUAGUAAAACAUAUGAGAAUUCAUACUGGAGAGAAACCUUAUCAGUGUUUAGUAUGUCUAAAAAAGUUUUCAGAUAAAUCAACUCUAUUAAAUCACAAUAGAGUUCAUACAGGAGAGAAACCAUAUCGCUGUUCAGUGUGUCUUAAAGACUUCCCAUCCAGUUCAGGUCUAAUAAAACAUAGGAGAGUUCAUACAGAUAAGAAACCAUGCCAGUGCUUAGUGUGUCUAAAAAUUUUUGCACAUAAGACAAGUUUAGACCAACAUAUGAAAUUACAUACUAAAGGAAAACCAUUAUCAGUAUUCAGAAUGUUUAAAAAGAAUUCAUAUAUGAGAGAAACCAUUUUCAAUGUACAGAAUGUUUAAAAGACUUUACAUAUCUAGUGCAAAAUAGUAAUGGACAUCAAAACCAACAGGGUCAGAAACAUGACCUGUUGUAUAACAGGGAAAGGUGAAUAUUAUGUGAAUAAUAAUGAAUAAUAUUAUUAUCUACCAUCGAUCAGAAAAAAAUUGGUACUUGCUAAAAGGAAAUUUGUACUUCUGCAUAUGGCCUUAGUACUGGUAGUGAUAGCACAGAUGCCAGAGUCUAAUACUGUGGCAAUUCUUAAAGAUCCUGAGGCUAUCUGUCAGAAUAAGAAUACUGACUAAUGUUGAUUUUUGUGUGGAAAUCUUUUUCAUUGUAUUGGGCACUAUCCUCAAACUAACUUUUUGUUUCUUGGGGCUUCUUUAUGUAUCAUUUCCACACAGCAUUAUUAAUACUAUUGUGAGAUUUUACUUGUUUCUGGGAGGAGCCCCUUCAGCUCCCCAGAACUAUCCGGGCUGAUAUGAAUAUAUUAGACCCCUGGCAUCAGUCAAAGCAAAUGGAGUUCUUAGGCCUAUCGGGGA